AUGGCUUCUUCUUCGCACAACCAACCACGAUUUUCUUACAAAAUCACCAUUUUACUUCUCGUGUUCACAUCAUUACAGUUAUCGAGCUCAACCCCAUCAAAAUCCUGCUUAACCCCUAGCUCUUCCAAAGUUCUAAUCGCCGGAAACUCCACUAUUCUUAGCGACAACAGAACUUUUGUGCUCGGAUUCUUCAACACGAGCGAAGAAUCGAAAUGGUAUUUGGGGAUUUGGUACGCUUCAAUCCCUACUCCCACCUAUGUUUGGGUGGCGAACCGUGAAACGCCGCUGAGUAGCCGGGAUGCGUCGUCUCUUGAGAUCGACGGUGGGAAGUUGACGGUGAAGGAUAAUCGAGAUUCACGAUGCGACGUCGUUUGGGAAAGUGCAGAUGGAGAUUUCGAAGGUGAAGGAGAUGUGAAGCUUCAAGAAGAUGGGGAUUUGGUUCUUAUGGAUGCUCGUGGGGUGGUUAGAUGGCGGAGCUUUGAUUUUCCGGCGGACACGUUUUUGCCGGGGAUGAAUUUGACGGUCGGUCAAACGUUGACUUGUUGGAAAAGCUCAAACGAUCCGGCACCGGGGAAGUAUUGGUUGCGGUUGAGACCGCCGAAUUACGGCGAGGUUGAGCUUUUGGCCGAUAACAAUCGAAUGUAUUGGAGUAGCGGCAACUGGACGGGGAAUAUUUUCUCCGGUGUACCGGAGAUGACUCUUCCGUACAUAUAUAAAUUCUAUUUCACAAAUCCUUUCACCGAAACAGCGACAUUUGGGUACACAGAAACAAUGACCCAACAAAAACCGCUCACACGAUUCAACAUCGAUUCCUCCGGCAAAAUCAAACAAUACACAUGGUCGCCACAGACAGAAUUUUGGAACAUGUUUUGGUCGGAACCAGAGAACCCGUGUAGGGUUUAUGGGUUAUGUGGGGAUUUAGGGUUUUGUAACGCUAAAUCAAUGGUGAAUCCGUGUAAAUGCUUUGACGGGUUUCAACCAUUGGAUGGUGUUGGGUGGGGCGCCGGAGAUUUUUCCGCUGGGUGUCGAAGGGUCGGCGAUGAUGCGUGUAGCAUCGACGAUAAGUUUGAAGAAAUUGGCGACAUGACAUUUGAUCCAGAAAAAAUCGAAGCACUUUCAGGUAGCAGAAGCGAUUGUGAACGAAAGUGUUUGAGUAAUUGUUCAUGUAUCGCUUUGUCACACAAUCCGAAAACUAAUUCCUGCAAGAAUUAUUUUGGGAAACUUCUGAAUCUCGGAAAUUCGAGUUCUGAUUUGGGUAUAAUCCAAGAUUCAUUGAAUGUUCGAGUUCAUAAAGGCGUCAUCAGAAAGAAGAUCGGAGUGAAAACGAUUAUUCUAAUAACCACAAUCACCUCUUUCCUGGCAAUUGCAUCAAUCGCAAUCAUCAUUUUGAUAAUUCUACGGAAGAAGAUGAUUAAAAGAAAGAAACUAGAAGAAGAAUCCGUCUUUCCCGUAACGAACCUGAAGGUGUUCACAUAUAAAGAGCUCCACGCCGCCACCAAUGGCUUCUCAGAGCAGCUUGGUCACGGCGGAUUUGGGGCAGUAUUUAGCGGGAAAGUAGACUCCACCCUGGUGGCGGUGAAGCGACUGGAACGACCAGGUGGUCGCCGUAAUGUUGAGGGGCCACCACCGGAAGGUGGUGGUGGUGGUGGUGGUGAAAGUGGGAGUAAUGAGAAGUGGUUUUUUCCGCCAUGGGCGGCAAGGAGGAUAACGGAGGGGGAUGUGGCGGCGGUUGUGGAUGAGCGACUCGCCGGAGAGUAUGACGUGGAGGAGGUAGAGCGAGUGGGGUUGGUGGCGGUUUGGUGUAUACAAGAUGAAGAGGCGACAAGACCGACGAUGGGAAUGGUGGUGAAGAUGUUGGAAGGGGUGGUGGAGGUGGCGGUUCCACCGCCUCCGAAGCUUCUUCAGGCGUUGGUUUCCGGCGAGUCGUUCCGGGGAGUUGGCGGCAAUAGUCAAAACGAUACGAUUUCUCGCGCCUCCGAUGACGAGUCACUUUCCGGUUUGAGGUAA